UCGGCUCUAUAAUAUUUGCAGCGAGGUUAACUGUGAAAAGCCAACGAACAAAGAGAUACUUUUUCAAGAGUGUAACAAUAUUCCGUGCAAAGAACAUGUUGCCGGGUGUUAACGAUGGUCCACGCAACACAGGCACACUUCCAAAAAGCAAUAGAAGAAAUGAUAGAAAUAGGGAACGAUCAGCUGCUAAUCAAUUUGCAAACCGUUCUACUUAUCAUGGACAUGCACAGCACUCUAACAAUUUGUAUCAGUUGGAUUGGAAACCAGUUAGUGAAAGGGAACAUCUAAGGAUAACAAAGGAUAGUAAUACAAAAUCAGUCUCUUCAGUACCAUCCACAUCUUAUCAAGACAUACCUGAAUUUGUAUCAUUUAGUUUUGGACGACCAUAUAAUUACAGUGUAGAGAAAUUUACACAUUGGCAAAAAAUGGUACCACCUACUGACUCCCAAACUCAAUCUCCUCCAAGACUUCAAGGAACAAAACCUUCCAAUGUUGAGAAAAUGCCUGACAGGAGCCAAGUAGAAUCUCGUUUAAAUCAAAUUAGAGAUUAUAUCAGAGAUACAUCAACUAUGAUGGAUACACUUAACCAGUCCAGUGAUCCACGUGCACCAGCUCAAAGUGAGAAGUUAAGUAGAAUGGUGGAGGAUCUUCAAGACAGUGAAAGAAAACUAACUAAACUCUUGGAACAAUAUCAAAAUAGUGGGAUAUUUUGCGAGAAUGGUGAAAACAGUACAGAGGAUGUAGAAGAAAAUGGCGAUGUAAGUAGGGAGAUGCAACUGCGUAAAAAAAUGGAAGAUUCGCAAAGAAAACUUGCUCAACUGCAGGAACAUCAAGCUAGCUUAGUUGGAAUGCAAUUACGUGUUAGAGAAAGAUUGAACGAAGCACGUGAAGCUCAACAAGCUCUUUUACAGCAAGAAAAUCAACCUCCUGUUAGUUUACCUCUACCGCUACCCGUGAAUGUUGAACAACUUGAAUCUGAAGCAGCUGCACUUCGAGGAAAAUUAGCUCAACUUGAAGCAAAGAAAAAAAAUGUGGAUCACCUUGUAGCAGAAUUACAUGCUGUGGAGAUGUCUGAUAGGGGCAGUUGUAGUUCUGAAGGUUCUAGAAGCUUCGGAAGAGACAAAGCAGCUGAAUUAGAAGCUAUGAAAGCACAACUUGCUCAUUUGAAAUCAUUAAUGGAAGAAGCAACACGAGUACGUGAAUGUCUCGAUUCUAACUCGAAUGCCGAAGCGGAGGUAGAUAUGAAUGGUGAAGCUGCAGGUGAUAUGGAUGCAAAUGAAGAUGAAAAUGGAACGAAUAUUUCAUUUGAUCGUCAAAGCGAUACUGAUGACAUUAGUCACGAAAAAAUCAGAAACACUGGAGACAGACCAACUAUUGAAGAAAUUCAGGCUGUCACGCGAGAACUUCGGGAACAAUCAGCUUUGUUACAAACAACUAGGGCAGAAUUACAACGAUUAAAACAACCAUUAACGGCAAUGCAGUCUAAUUCUACAUCUGUGUUUCCAACAUCAACCCCUCCCCCAUCAUUGACAACAUCAUCUUGUUCCGAAAAAAAGCAAAGUAAUAACAGCACUUCUGAGAUUCAGCCUACUCAAGAAAAAAAGCGUCAAAUUGAGGACAUUAUGCGGAAGGACUCAUCUCAAUCAUCUAGUGUCAAUCGUGAUAUGGGUGGGCCAACUGAUUUAAGUAGCCAUCGAAGUUCUAGUUCACAUAUUAGUCAUACAAGCACUCCUGCUAACGUUUGGUCAGCUCCUACAGCGAUAGGAGGAUCUAACAGUCAAAGCGCAGAUAGCGUAUCAGAAAAUUUAAUGGAUAUCGGUCCCCAAACAACGGCAAUUGAAAACGGAUUCAAUGGAAAUUGGUGGACGUAUCCACCGCCUCCGUUAACUCAGUUACAACAUGGUUCAGCUGAGUAUUAUCGACAAUUGCUGUUAGGAUCUCAAGCACAACAACUUCAAAUGAUGGGUACUACAAUACAACAAUGUUGUCAACUCUUAUGGGCUCAACAACGUGAACAGCAAGCUAUGCGCACAGCCAUUAAUCAAUUACAAACUCAUUUGAGACAAAUACAAUUGCAGCAGCGAAACACCAGUGAGAAUAAUGAUGAAUAUUCUAACUUAACCCGUAACAUUCAUCAGCUUGGCGAAACAUUAGAUUCUGCGUUACCACCAAGUUCUUCGCUACCAAAUUUGGUGUCAUUGCCAAACUCUUCUCCUGCAUUAUCUCAUAGUGCAGCAGUGGCUUCUGUUAAUUCUCAACAUCAACAGCAGCAAUUGAAUAAUCAAGUUCCUCCUGGGAAUAGAGCAAACAACUACUGGGACAAUUUCAGAAGUUAUUCCAGACAAAACCUACUCUCAGGAAGUGCAAAAACAAUGACUGAUACUACAUCAGGAGCUGUUGCAAAUGCAACAUCUGGAAAUGCUAUAGCCAGUGUUAAUACUACUCUUAUGAAAGACAAACGCAAUCGGGAUCAAGGAGCUGAUAUGUCUUUACCUUCAUUAAAUGGUGUAGAGACACAGUAUUCUUUAAAUUUGCAAUUACAAUCAAAUUUGCAACAGCAAGAAAGAGAGAACACUGUUGUUCGUAGUAAUAAUUUAACAAAUGAUGUAUCUCAACAACAGGUUGAUAAUCUUUGGGAAGAAGCACAUUCAUCAUUUCGAUUACAAUCAGUAAUAAAUGAUGACAACCCAUUUCAGAAUUUAAGUCUUGAAAUGAAGGAAGCACUAAGUUCACUCAUUUCUGUAAAUAAAAAACGGCCCGACUAUCUAGUGAUGAUAUUAAGGGAAAUCACAGCAAUAAGCGACGAUCAUAGAUUGCGACCUCGUUUAUGGAGAUCGCUGCGUGCUUUACAAGUUACACAAACCUUAAGCAAUCCAUUGAAUGAAAGAACUGAUCUAACUGCCAGCGAAAGUUGUCAAUCUAGUGACGAAGACUCAGAGAUAGAUGUAACAUUAGGUAUGAGUAGAGAUCAUCAAUCUAUAGGAGAAUUAGUUACAUCAUCUCAAGCAGGAACUUCAUCAUCUCCUACUGCACAUGUACCAUUAAUAGAUCAUUUGGAUAUGCCAGAACCAUCUUUAGCUGAUUCUGCAAUUGCUCUCCCUUCAACAUCUAUUAAACCAGGCUACAAUGAAGAUCUGGCUGAAGCAGAUCAAUCAAGACCUGAAUCUUCUGGUAAUCAACAGUCUCUUGAGAAUGAAGAAGAUAAUGAACAAGGUCUAGGUGAAGCAGCUGGUCACACUGUAUUUGCACAAGCAAGAUUUAAUGGUCAAGGAGAUUUAGAAAGUUUAGCUACUAAAACUGAAGAUGAGAGAAAUGAAGACAAUGCAAUGAUAUUUUGA